AAAAAUUAUCAGAUGAAUGGAUUUGUGUGCUCAGUUUGGUGGAAGCAGAGGCAAAUGAAGCAGAAGCUGAAAAAAAGAAGCACUACGUAGUGGAGAAGAGUAGACUAGAUAUAUGUAUGAACGUAGGUUUGUAUCCGUAUGAAGGAAAUACACAUAUCUAUGCACUUACACUAGAUAUGCUACGGAUGGACCGCGGAUAAAUUAAAAAUACUAUUUCUUUCAAAGCGAAAAUUUUUUAGUAUAUAAGCGUGUGUGAGUGCAUAUAGCAUCCUAUAUAUGUAUACAUACAUACAUAAAAUUUUAAUUAUUUGCGGAAUUUUUCGUAAGUAAAAAUUGCUUUUCGAUGUUUGGAAAAUGCUCAGGGAUGCCAGUGCAAUUUCUGACGUGACGUUGCGCGGUCCAAAGAGAAAUCGGCAUCGAAAUAAAUCGGGAGAGAAAGUGGACAAAGUUGACAAAUUCGAAAAAAAAUUUAAAAAAAAGUAUUAUGCAUUUGAGGCGAUGGAAAAUCGUUUGAGUGAAGUAAAAGCGUGCCAAAUCAAAGCCAAGAAAAUUAUGUGAUAAAAUUGUUUUGGAAAGCUAUAAAAGUAUCCUUGCAUAAAAAAAUUAAAACCUUUAUUAAAGAAUUAACUUGAAAAUCAAAUUGUUUGAAGAUACAGGCAUGUUUCCAUAAAAACAAAUUUAAAGUAAAACUCAUAGAUCAUGAGAUUUUAAUUUAACUGCAUAUUCAACGCGCUGUGGUUUUAAAAGGGCUGGAAAGCGAAAAAUUAAAUACAUAAAAGCUAAAAUAUACAGAAGCUUGUGUAUACAAAUAUUGAAGUACAAAUGCACGUCAGUUGAAAAGCGAAAACACUAUACGUAAAUCAAACAAUUCCGCAGAAAUUCAGUGAAAUUUUAUUGUGUAAUAAGACUGUGCGUUUUUUCAUAAAUCAUCGGUAUUUUACAAACUCAAAAAAAAAAAACUACAUUGCAUGCACUGAACGAACAAAAAUAAAUGAAUUAAUUUUGUGGAACAAAGAAAUGCAGCGUUUAAUGUGCAUAGGAGCCUUGCUGCUCAGUUUGGCCGUCAACGCCAUAGCCAUUCAAUGUUACUCGUGCGAAUCUGUUUACAACACAAAUUGUGGUGAUGAUUUCGACAUGGAAGACGACUUCAAGUGGGACUGUUCGCACGUUGCCCCGCCUCGUUAUCUAGAAAACGAUUUGGAUAUACGGAACGCCACCGCAUGUAUGAAGCGGGCGUAUAAAGUGAGCGGCAUGCAAAGAAUCGAACGCAGUUGUUUCUUCGGCGAUGUCAACGACACCGUUGUAGGUUGCCAAUUGGAUCCCACGCUGGAUGAGGCGCAGGCGAUAUCUUGUCACAUUUGCGACAAUGAAGACUUUUGCAAUCACAGCAACCAGCCGCAAGCAUGGCCGCAAUAUUUGGUCGUUAUCGGAUUUGCGUUGACGGCUAAACUCUUAAUUUGGCUGAGCUAAAAUACAAAUACAAAUAUUGUUCAAAACACAAGAACCCACUCCAAAUAAUAAGUAGGAAUAAAUAGCUUAAAUUUAAUUUCCGUUUUUAUUAGACCAUACACGACUAUGUACAUUUCGCUCGAGUUCUUCAAAAAUAUAUCAACUUAAAAUUUCGCAUAAAACUACGUAUUUCUGUGUUCAUGGUAGAUAUUUAAUCAUAUCGGUGGAAUUUGGCUGCGAGUUUUUGAAGCUAAUCACAACAAAAUAUUACUUCUGCUCUGGCUGGAAGGUAAAAAACUAAGUACGAACUGCUAAAUAUUUUAAUUCUUAGUAUUGAAAAUGAAUUUGAGGUGAAGCUCGGCCAAACAGUUAGCUAAAACUUAAGCUUAAAAAAUUUUUAUUUAAAAAAUCAAUAUUUUGAGUUAAUGCACUUUUGAGGAGCUCGUGCAAUAUGUGUGUAACUCGAUUUUCGGUUUGGUAGACUGUAGCGAAAUAGAAAAAUUCGAUAUAUAUGUAGAUAGACAUAUAAUUAAAAAUGCAAGAAACAACCGCAAAGAAUAUGUUUUCUUAUACAUAGGAGUAAGGUUAAAAUAAAGUAAAUAGAAAACAACGCAGGUCAAUUAAUUAAAGC